AUUACAUCCUGCCCUCCUUCCGCUGCUUGAGAGGAAUUCAGCUUCUUGUGGAGCUCUAAAGUCAUUCACGUUUCUCCUUUGCAUAGCACGUCUCGUAAACGGUAGAAAUUCUGAUGUGUUUCAGUGCACAAAGGAGGGAUAAAUGAGCUGCUUUAGGGGAGAGCCUCAGCGCUCAGCCGGAGCACCAUCAUGGGGUCCACUGCUACAGAAGCGGAAGAACUGGAAAACACCACUUUCAAGUAUCUUAUAGGAGAACAGACGGAAAAAAUGUGGCAGCGGCUGAAAGGAAUACUACGAUGCCUUGUGAAGCAGCUGGAAAAAGGUGAUGUUAAUGUUGCACACUUAAAGAAGAAUAUAGAAUAUGCAGCAUCAGUGCUGGAAGCAGUUUAUAUCGAUGAAACAAGAAGGCUGCUGGAUACUGAUGAUGAGCUCUCUGACAUUGAGUCUGAUUCAGUUCCAUUGGAGGUCCGGGACUGGUUGGCUUCAACGUUUACACGGAAAAUGGGGAUGAAAGAAAGGAAACCUGAGGAAAAACCAAAAUUUCGGAGCAUUGUGCAUGCUGUUCAAGCUGGAAUUUUUGUGGAAAGGAUGUACAGAAAGUCCUCUUCCACGAUUGAUUUGUCAUAUCCAGCAGCUGUUAUAGUAACAUUAAAGGAUGUUGAUUCAUGGUCUUUUGAUGUGUUUGCCCUAAAUGACGCAAGUGGAGAGCAUAGUCUGAAGUUUAUGAUGUAUGAACUGUUCACCAGAUAUGAUCUUAUUAAUCGUUUCAAGAUUCCUCUUCCUAGCCUAAUUUCCUAUGCGGAAGCUUUAGAAGUUGGUUACAGCAAGUACAAAAAUCCAUAUCAUAAUUUAAUCCAUGCAGCUGAUGUCACUCAAACUGUACACUACAUAAUGCUUCAUACAGGUAUCAUGCACUGGCUUACUGAACUGGAAAUUUUGGCAAUGGUCUUUGCUGCUGCCAUUCAUGAUUAUGAGCACACAGGGACCACAAACAACUUUCAUAUUCAGACAAGGUCGGAUGUUGCCAUGUUGUAUAAUGAUCGCUCUGUCCUUGAGAAUCACCAUGUGAGCGCAGCCUAUCGACUUAUGCAAGAAGAAGACAUGAAUAUCUUGACAAAUUUAUCCAAAGAUGACUGGAGGGAUCUUCGGAAUCUAGUGAUUGAAAUGGUUUUAUCGACGGACAUGUCAGGUCACUUUCAGCAAAUUAAAACUAUCAGGAAUAGUUUGCAGCAGCCUGAAGGGAUUGACAAAGCCAAGACCAUGUCUCUGAUUCUCCAUGCAGCAGACAUCAGCCACCCAGCCAAGUGCUGGAAGCUGCACCACCGGUGGACCAUGGCCCUGAUGGAAGAGUUUUUCCGACAGGGAGAUAAAGAAGCUGAAUUAGGGCUUCCAUUUUCUCCACUUUGUGACCGGAAGUCAACGAUGGUGGCCCAGUCACAGAUAGGGUUCAUUGAUUUCAUAGUUGAGCCAACAUUUUCUCUUCUGACAGACUCAACAGAGAAAAUUGUUAUUCCUCUCAUAGAGGAAGCCACAAAACCAGAAAACUCUUCCUUUAAAACAAUCAGCUCUGUCACAUCUGCGGCAUUCAAAGUUGCUGAGUCAGUGAGAACAUCAAAUGUGAAAGUGAAUACGUGUGAUGGGCACAAUUCCUCCGAGUAUUCCCUUACCACAGUGGACCUGAAGAGCUUCAAAAACAACCUGGUGGACAUCAUUCAACAGAAUAAAGAAAGAUGGAAAGAAUUAGCUGCACAAGGUGAAGCUGAUCUUCAUAAGAACUCAGAAAACUUAGUAAAUGCUGAAGAAAAACAUACUGAUACACAAUCAUAG